AUAGAAGAACGUUUGUCCAAAACUUCAAUCUCCAUCAGGACCAUGGACGCCUGUGCUGUGCUGGUUCUAACAUUGGCUGUUUUUCAGUCAUGUUCCGGGUUCCACUGUCCGAUGCCUACCGGAAACUACCCCAUGAUAGAGUCGGAGAGCUGUGAAGUGUACUGGCAGUGCAGGAACGGCAUGCUAGUGGCCGCUCAGUGCACAGGCGCGCACCAGUUCCACUACAGAGAGCGCAAGUGUCUUCAUGGGAGCAUCGUCAGCUGUAUCAUGCAGAGAAAGCAUUACAAACAUUCCCACAUGCCACACAAAGCGAUGCCACAUAAACCAAUGCCUAUGCCCAUGCCGAUGACUCCAAAGCCGGCACCACCAAAACCCAUCUACAUUCCGUUUCCUGUACCUGUCCAUCCUCAACAUCCGGUUCCGCCCUGUGCAGCGCCACCAUGUGGGAAACCGGUUCUGGUUCCUGGAUCGCCAUGUGGCACUCCACCGUGCGGGAAACCGGUUGCAAUGCCGGGAGGUCCUGGAUUAUUUCCCUUUCCACAAAAAGGACAAAUACCACCGUAUAUAGAGCAAAUGUGGCGGAAUGUGUACGGACGGGGGUGAAUGUCUGAAAUAUAUAUUAACUUGAGUGAAAGUUUUUGUGAUAACAGAUCGUGAAGGUGCAUAAUAUGUGUUAUAUCUGUACUAUGAUAAUAAAUAGUGGGACUAU